CUCUCCUCCCCCUUCACCCUCCAGAGCCACACACUGAUGGAGACACCUCUUGAGAAGGCCCUGACCACUAUGGUCACCACUUUCCACAAAUAUUCGGGGAGAGAAGGCAGCAAACUGACCCUGAGCAGGAAGGAACUCAAGGAGCUGAUCAAGAAGGAGCUGUGUCUUGGAGAGAAGAUGAAGGAGAGCAGCAUUGAUGACCUGAUGAAGAGCUUGGACAAGAACCGUGACCAGGAGAUCGACUUCAAGGAGUACUCAGUGUUCCUGACCACUCUGUGCAUGGCCUACAAUGACUUCUUCCUGGAGGACAGCAAGUGACCAGAGCUCAGCUCCUUGCCCGUGGCCUCUGUAGCUCCUCUCACAGACCCUCUGUGGACCCUUGCCCCCCUCUCCCUUCCGGACAGACCCUGCUUUGGCCUUCCCUUCUGGCAGGGGAAAUAAAAAUGUUUGAUUCCA